AUGUCGAAAGGGUAUAACAGCGACGUGGAGGCUCUGCGCCAAAAGGAAUAUCCACACAUGAAUGAUGGGGUCUAUCUAGACCACAGCGGAGCGACCAUCUACGCGAAAUCCACCAUCGACUCGUUCUGUGCGAAGAUGGUAACCAACCUAUACGGCAACCCACACUCGGAGAACUCUCCUGCGAAGCUCUCGGGAGAGGUCGUCGACGAGGUUCGGGAAAAGACGCUCAGGUUCCUCGGAGCAGACCCCGAGCACUUCGACCUGAUCUUCGUAGCAAACGCCACUGCUGCUAUCAAGCUCGUCGCAGACUCGUUCAGAGACCUGUCGGAGAAGACCAGCGACCAGAGGUUCUGGUACGGCUACCAUAAAGACGCGCACACGAGCAUUGUGGGCGUGAGGGAGUUGACAUACGGGCAAUCCUACUGCUUCCGGAGCGAUCUAGAAGUCGAGAGAUGGCUUCGUUCGCCUGACGCGGGCUUCGUCAACCGCUACCGCCCCAACGGCCUCGGCCUGUUUGCCUACCCCGGACAGUCCAACAUGUCUGGUAGACGACUGCCGCUGACGUGGCCAGCAGCCAUACGGCAGUCUGAGUAUCUGCAGGGCACCUAUACCCUCCUCGAUGCCGCGGCGUUGGCCAUGACAUUCCCCAUGGAAAAUGUCUUCCAAGACGUGGACCGGGCGCCCGACUUCACCUGCCUGUCCCUGUACAAGAUCUUUGGGUUCCCGGACGUCGGGGCGCUGGUUGUCCGGCGAGAAUCGGGACACAUCCUCACUCUGAGGAAGUACUUUGGCGGCGGAACCGUGUCGAUGGUGGCGACGUUCGGCAAGAACUGGCACCGGUCGAAGGGCCUCCAGGCGCCCACCUACAAGCUCCACGAGGGCCUCGAGGACGGCACGCUCCCGUUCCACAGCAUUCUCGCCCUCGGGGAGGCCAUCGACGUGCACAGGAAGCUCUACGGCUCGAUGAGCAGGAUCUCGGACCACACGUCCUACCUCGUCGCCCGACUGUACCGGGGCCUGAGCGAUCUGCGCCACGCCAACGGCCGCCCGGUCUGCCGCGUCUACAACGAGAACGGAGACUUUGAGGACUCGUCGAAGCAGGGCUCCGCGAUCGCCUUCAACGUGUUGCGGGCGAACGGGCACCACGUCCCGUACUCUGACGUCGAACGCUCGGCGAACGACGCCAAGAUCUACAUAAGAUCCGGGGGGGUCUGCAAUCCUGGCGGCAUUUUCACUGCCCUCGGUUACGAGCCGUGGAUGAUGGAGCGCGCGCUCUCCGCGGGACAUCACUGCGGCUCGCAUGGCAUAAGCAUCAUCCACGGGCUUCCUACAGGGAUCGUUCGAGCAAGCCUCGGGGCCAUGUCGACGAAGCAAGAUGUCGACACGUUGGUGGACUUCUUGCGCGCGGCGUUCGUCGAAAAGGAGCCGGACUGGGCGUCUACUCGGACGCUGGUCGAGGCCCCGCCCGCCGAGCGCUUCUCGCUGGAUCUCCCCGGCAACUACACGACGAGCAGCUUUCCCGACGUGCGAGAGGUCCCGCGCCCCCGUCCGAUGCUGCACCAGUUCUCCGCGGCCCCCGAAGCUACGCCGAGGGUCGCGCCGUUCGCGAUGCACGACUUCAUCCACGGGCUUGCCGCCGUGAAGUAG